CCUCCUUCUCCUCAGGAAUCAGGUGCCCCUGUGAGCCAGAGACAUGUCGUGCUGCCAGCCCUGCAACCCUUGCUGCCAGCCCUGCGGCCCGACCCCGCUGGCCAACAGCUGCAAUGAGUGCUGUGUCAGGCAGUGCCAGGACUCCGUCGUUGCCAUCCAGCCCUCUGCUGUGGUGGUGACCCUGCCCGGGCCCAUCCUCAGCUCCUUCCCACAGAACACCGUGGUGGGAUCCUCCACCUCCGCUGCCGUUGGCAGCAUCCUCAGCUGUGACGGAGUGCCCAUCAACUCCGGGGCCUUUGACCUCUCCUGCAUCACCAACCGCUACAGGUGUCGGCCCUGCUAA